GAACUGUGCCACAUCCCUACGAUACAGAUGCGAGAUGCAGAAUUAAGGGGCUGUCGGUCAAAAAACAAUCAAAAUCAUGUUGUUAUAGUUAUAACAAAUAUAGUGUUAUUGUGAAUGAAGUGUUAUUUAUGUUUGUGAGAACAGAAUGGCACUAAUGAAAAACAACGGACCCAUAAUAGACCCAGCUUUAUGCCGUUGCUGUAGAGCUAUAAAAAAAUGUAGAGUUCUCACAGUGGAGUACACCUGGAUGGAGCAGAAAGAGGUUUACGCGGAUAUGAUCAUGGACUGUUUCGGUAUACUCCUGUCUCAUGUAGAUGAAGAUGUAAAAGAUAGUGGAGUUUGUGCUACGUGUGUGGUCAGACUGAGAGAUGCUUGUGCCUUCAGACAACAGGUGCUGCAAUGCGAGGAGUUGUUCCUUGGAGCCAAGCUAGGGGAUAAGGAUGAAACCAAAAAGACUUCCGAAAUGGAACUCAAAACGGAACCAAAGGAUGACUGCAGUGAUCACAACUCGGUGAACGAGGAUCCCAACGACAGCAUGUCCUGUGAUAUUGAGGCUGAAGUGAAAGACGUGAAGCUUCCAAAGAAAGAGGAAGACGAGAAAGCAGAAGAUGGAAACGAUGUGAAAGAAGAUUUGGAGGAUGUUAUGGACGAUGAAGAUUACAACGACUAUAUGGAUUCCAGUUCGGACUCGGACAAACCAAUCAAGAGGAAAGCUAAGGUCAAGAAGCUAAAGGCGAAUAGUACGAAGAAGAAGAAGAAUCUGAAGGCCAAAACAAAGUUGAAGCAGAAACCAGGCUCCUCAACAGAAAAGAAACUCAAGAAACCGCCAGUUGAAAAGAGGAACACAUACGACAGGGACCUGGAUUGUAUGUCAGAGGAAAAUCUUUUGACAAUCAUACAAUACUCAUAUGUAUGUCCUUUCAAGAAUAGAAGGAAUAAUUACUACUGUUUCUACUGCAAGGAUUAUUAUCCAAAACCGGAAGAUUUACGUGAACAUACGAUAUCCCACGACACGAAACCUUUCCAAUUGUUGAUGGGCUAUAAAAAAAUGCCGAAAAUCGACAUAACGAGAAUCGAUUGUAAGCUCUGUCCGAUGAAAAUCGAUGAUUUGGACACAUUCAAACGUCACAUCGACGAGGUACAUAACAAAAAGAUAUACUUCGAGGCCCCGGAUAAGAUGUUGCUGUACAAACUGACGUGGAACGAUCUAGUGUGUGUUAUGUGCAGUGAUGUGUUUGAGGACUUUAAUACGUUGAACACUCAUAUGGUGGAGCAUUUCAGUAACUAUACGUGUGACAUAUGCGGCGUGUGCUUCCUAGAGAAACCGCGUCUGGACGCUCAUCUGAAGCGUCACAAAGACGACGAGCGUCACACGUGCGAGGUGUGCGGUAAAGUGUUCAAAUCCAACCACUACAAGGACAUGCACGUUGAUAUAGUGCAUAAGAAGAAAGCUAUCAUACGUUGCCCGAGAUGCGACGAGUGUUUCAUGUCGUACGCGCUUAAAAACAAGCAUUUAACGGAAGCUCACGGUCAAAAACGGACGUACCCGUGCAAUUUGUGCGACAAGGUAUACAACAGACAGAAGACAUUGACCGAACACCAGAGACGUAAUCAUCAGAAAGUCUUGAAGCACCAGUGUGAGUAUUGUGACCAGAGGUUCUACUUACCAUCCCGUCUUAAAGAACAUAUAGCGACGCACACAGGCGAAAGGAACUUCAGAUGCGAGUAUUGCGAUAAAAGCUAUCCUCGGCUAAAGUCUCUACAGUAUCACAUCAGAACUCACACCAACGACAGGAGAUACAGGUGCCAUAUAUGCGGCCAGGCCUUCAUACAGAACGCCAGCCUCAAGUCGCAUAUUAAGAGCCAUCAUCCGGAAUGUGAUAUCGAGGGAUGUUAUUUCUGAAUUUCCAGCAAUAAUAUAUAUAUAAGUAGGAAAUGACUUACACAUGCAUUGUUUUAAUUUAUGUAACAUAGUAUAAAUAUCUUUGAGCUAAUUCGGAGGAAAUUUCUUUAUUGAUAAAGCAGCGACACUAUUCAGAAUUAUACAUAAGUAUCAGCAAGUCCAAUUUAAAUGACAAAAACAUUUCUUUUGUAUGGAGAAAGUAUUUUUUUUUUUUAAUUUUAUUAAUUUAUAAUCCGUUCAAGACUGUCCUCCCAAGCCGUUAUAUCUGUAAGGAGGUUAAUUAUAAUUCAGUAUUAAAUUUAAUUUUAGGACAAUUAUGAGAGAUUUCAUCGAUUUUGUGAUGAUUUUAAGAAGUGUCUGAAUAUAUUAAAAUUAUGAAAAUAUUAAUAGAGGAAUUGAAGCAAUCUGUUCGAUGUACGGAAAGAAUCUAUACUCAUUGUAAAUAAUGUAAAUAACUAAUAAGAAAACCUGUUGCAAUGUUAAUAUACAUUAAUAUUUGAGAAGUACUGGAAUAUGAUUGAGAUUUAAUAAAUAAAUUACUCUAAAGAUAAUAUUGUAUCUGUGCCAUCGUUGUGCUGGAGAGUAGAAAAAAAUAAUGUUUAAAAAAAAACUUUGGAAUCGUUUGAAAUAUUUAUGCUUCUGUAUAGAUAAUAAUGAGUUUGUAAAUUAUAUAUAAUAAUUAUUUGUCAUAAUAAUUAUUAAUGUACAUAAAGAAUAUAAUAAUUUAAUUUUCUAUACAGUAAGUUUCUUGCGAAUACUCAACACAUCACAGAUAUAUUUUGUUAAAAUGUAUGUCUUAGAUAUUAAUUUGACACAAAAAAGUUUUUUACAGAUUUACAAAUGUAUUAUAAAGGUUUAAAUUAUUUUAAUUCGUAAAUAAAAUGUGUUUAUAGCAUUGAAGUUUGAUUUGGAACAGAAAACGCGGCAAACAAAUAAAAUGGCGUUCAGUCGAUGUCAAAACUUA